UGCCUUUCGUGUCCCCUGAGCUGCUGCACGCGGAGUGACUCCCCGCUCUCCCCCUUUCUUCUUUUCCAGAUAGCAGCGCUGGAGAGGCAGAUCUUUGACUUCCUGGGCUAUCAGUGGGUGCCCAUCCUGGCCAAUUUUUUACACAUCAUGGCUGUCAUCCUGGGCAUCUUUGGGACCAUCCAGUACAGAUCCAAAUACCUCAUCAUGUACGCGGUGUGGCUGGUGCUGUGGGUCGGAUGGAACGCCUUCAUCAUCUGCUUUUACCUGGAAGUUGGACACCUGUCACAGGACCGGGACUUCAUCAUGACCUUCAACACGUCGCUGCACCGCUCCUGGUGGAUGGAGAACGGGCCUGGCUGCCUGGUGACGCCGGUGAUGAACUCGAACCUGGCCCCCGAGGACCAUCACGUCAUCACUGUCACCGGAUGCCUGCUCGACUACCAGUACAUCGAGGUGGUGAGCAGCGCCAUGCAGAUAUUCCUUGCGCUCUUUGGAUUCGUCUAUGCCUGCUAUGUCAGCAAAGUAUUUCUGGAGGAAGAAGACAGCUUUGACUUCAUUGGCGGAUUCGAUUCCUACGGCUACCAGGCCCCACAGAAGACGUCACACUUACAGCUACAGCCUUUGUACACAUCUGGGUAACUCUUGCUCCUGGAAUCUGGCCCCUCCUGGAUCUUCGUGGGAUUGUGAGGCGGCAGGGUGCCCCGAACGAUUGCGGACUGUGACCACAAGCAGCAAGAAAACGCGCCGAAGGCAAGGACUGCACGGAGCCUUGGGGUCAUCUUGGUGUCCUUUGAUUUUCCUUCUGGGCAGUUGCACCGUUUUUAGGGACUUGCGGCAACACCAGAGAGAAACAAACACAAAUACACACACACACAGUUACAC